AUGCAGACGACAGUGCUAUCGCAAGCGCCACAUCAGCAGACAUCGACAGCCGCAACGCAGCCUGUGUCUACGAGUCAUGGGGAGAGGCGCCAACAGAGCGCAGUCUAUGCCAACUCGGGCUCCGCAUCGCGAGGCACGAGGUCUCGCAAGUCGCUCAAGUCGCUCCUGUCUCGACUGACGACGAGGCGUACCGCGCUAGAUGCGCCGCCUCCGCAGCAGCGCCAGCAGCAACAAACUCACCAACAACAACAGGCCAAGACUGCGAGCAGCAGCCAAACUGGGCCCAGGACGGUCAAUAAGAAUGUACCGUCUGGCCCUACGAGCAAUGGAAGUGCGGCACCUAUCGUACUCGACAUGGCCAACGCGUCCCCCGCGCAGGCCCGGGCGCGAGAUGCUGUCUCAUCCGACUUCCCACGAACAGCGACAGCCUCAUCAGCCGCAGAUUCGCUGACCGGCGGCCACAGAAGCCUUGAUUCGCCAGAUCCAGAUGGGGCCUCGCCCGACGCGUCUAUCAGGCCUAUCACGCCUCAUUCCAUCGCGGGUAGCGGCAACGAGUCCUUCGCGACCUCUCCGUCCGAAGCAGGUACGGGACGGUCAGGCAGCUUAGCACGGAGUCGCAUGUCUGUUCUGACCAGCGCAUCGACCAAGCCGACGACGAUAUUCAGCGAGAGCACAAACGGCGCUAACCGUAUCGCUGUCGCUGUGCCUGAUUCGCCAGACAGACGGCGAGGCUCUCAGAUUUCUGUCGACAGUGAGAUGGCGACGCCCUCGACUCCGCUGGCUGCGAGCACAUCUGAGAUGCUUGCUAGCGAGAGCACCGAGCCCUCGCCUGUGUCCAAUAGCAUCUUGCCCGGCGCGGACAGCGAUCGGCACGCGUCUCAGCCAUUCUUGCCGCCUGGCGCACUCGGCUACCCGCACAGAACGAAUCCGCAUCCAAGGAAUAACCCACAUCCAGCAGCUCCCGCACUCGACAAUGCGUCUGUCCUCACCCUCGCCUCAAGCAGUGCGGCUGUCUCCGCAAGGCAUCAGCAACACGACGAAGAUGCCUCUAUCAGAGCCCUCGCACCCAGCCGACGAGUGUCGGAUGCUAGCAUGGCAUCAAAAUGGUCUGCGCCGAUACUGUCGAACCAGCCGCUUGGCGUCGGCGGAGGCGUCGUACAGCGAUCUGCGUCUAUCCGCACGAUGGCCACUGGCGGCACCGGUGGCCUGAGCGACCGCGUCGUCUCGGCUCCCCGAGAGCCACAAGGUGUGGACGGCAACACCGCCAGUCAGCAAGUCGCUGCGGAUGCGACGUAUCGCUUGCAUCUCGAUGUCGACUGA